CUGUCUGCAGUCUCUGGUCAUUCCCUGCACUGUCUGCAGUCUCUGGUCAUCUCCUGUACUAUGUCCGCAGUCUCUGGUCAUCCCCUGUACUGUCUGCAGUCUCUGGUCAUCCCCUGCACUGUCCGCAGUCUCUGGUCAUCCCCUGCACUGUCCGCAGUCUCUGUCUCUGGUCAUCCCCUGCACUGUGUCCGCAGUCUCUGGUCAUCCCCUGCACUGUGUCCGCAGUCUCUGGUCAUCCCCUGCACUGUGUCCGCAGUCUCUGGUCAUCCCCUGCACUGUGUCCGCAGUCUCUGGUCAUCCCCUGCACUGUGUCCGCAGUCUCUGGUCAUCCCCUGCACUGUGUCCGCAGUCUCUGGUCAUCCCCUGCACUGUGUCCGCAGUCUCUGGUCAUCCCCUGCACUGUGUCCGCAGUCUCUGACCAUCUCCUGUACUGUGUCCGCAGUUUCUGGUCAUCUCCUGUAUUAUGUCCGCAGUCUCUGGUCAUCUCCUGUGCUGUGUCCGCAGUCUCUGGUCAUCUCCUGUGCUGUGUCCGCAGUCUCUGGUCAUCUCCUGUACUGUGUCCGCAGUCUCUGACCAUCUCCUGUAGUAUGUCCGCAGUCUCUGGUCAUCUCCUG